CAGAAAGUCUGGCCAUGGGUGGUCAGACAGCAGCGUCUGCCUCGUGCGGUAACGGGAGGAGUACAACCCUGGAGUGACGCGCACCCUACAGCGGCAGGGCACAUUGGAUUACAAUGAGUGGGAUCGUGUAACAACAUCAGCAGUAACGGUACGGAUUCAACAAGGAUUGUAUGAAAGAUCCUCAAAGCAGUUGAAGCCCUGUUAUAGGCCAGACAGGAAAGAUGCUGGAUGGACUAAAUGGGGUCCAGCCCAGCGUCCCCUCCUCCUCCUCACCCUCCUCCUCCUCCUCCACCACCUCCUCCUCCCCCAGGCUACCUUCCAGUAGUAGCCUCUCUCUCCUACCACGCUGCUUUUACAUGGAUGGGAGCAAUCAUCCGAUCCGGAGGACUCUGUACCGGCUAAAACUAGUGAGUUCUCCCAACCUCAGCCAGCUGGGCAAGAGUGACAAGUCGUCAUUGGAGGACAGAGGCAGUGGUCCCAACGCCAUCUGGAACAGCAUCCACAACUCAGUGAUAGGGGUUUUCCAGAGGAAGGGCUUGGGUGAUAAUGAACUCUAUAUGCUGAAUGAAGGUGUGAGACAGCUGUUGAAAACAGAGCUGGGCUCGUUUUUCACAGAUUACCUUCAGAAGCAGUUGCUGACAAAAGGAAUGGUCAUUUUACGUGACAAAAUCCGUUUCUACGAAGGUCAGAAACUGCUGGACUCACUAGCAGAGACGUGGGAUUUCUUCUUUGGGGAUGUCCUGUCCAUGCUUCAAGCCAUAUUCCAUCCAGUGCAGGGUAAGGAGCCGUCGGUGAGACAGCUGGCCCUACUGCACUUCCGCAACACUAUCGCCCUUAACCUGAAGCUGGAGGAGGCUCUGACUCGGCCCCGCGCCCGCGUGCCCCCCUCCAUCGUACAGAUGCUCCUCAUACUACAGGGGGUGCAUGAGUCCCAGGGCGUAAGUGAGGAAUACGUCAGGCUGGAGUCUCUGUUGCAGAGGGUGGUGUCCCCCUACCUCGGAACACAAGGCCUUCGCUCCCAUGACAACGGCAUCCCAGACUACUCUUACUCAUACGCAGAGAGACACUUGCACUGGUCUUGGUCGAAGCCAGGCGACCCGCACGGCACCAACCCUGUGGUGCGCUCCAAGAGCUACAACAUUCCCAUGCUGACGCCGGUGGCGGAGUACGACUCAGAGGUGGGCUCUCUGGGCAGCGUUGGCAUCCGCCGCCACUCGGCCUACGACGUCACCUCCUCCUGCUUGGACCAGCCAGGCUACCAGCCGGGCACCGUGGAGACCAGCUCCACCUCCAGACUCUCCCUGGGCCUGGAGCACGACCUGCCUCUCAGAGGAGGAGGAGGGCUUCCUUCCAUCGUCCAGCCAGGUCUCCUGUCUCCAGCGUCCAUCUUCCCUUCCUCACACUGUGCCGGGGCCCACCACCACGCGGGCGGUAGUGGCCAGCCCUGUCACCCUGAGCUGGGCAAGGGGGCUCACUCCUCUCCGGGCAGCUGCUCCUCCAGCCCUGAGGCCGGCAUGGUGCAGCCCCUGGAGUCCCUGGACUCUGACCAGGACGGCAUAUUCAUCGAUUUCUCUCACUGCCGUUCGGAUUCAUACGGUACUGCUCGCCAGACCAGCUGACCCUCCGGAAAAAGCCAUGAUCACACUGGGCCUCCUUCACUAGUAUUUCGUGAAGAGUUGUUUUUCUUAAAUUUUAUUCUUGAGGUUACAUUUAAAAGGUCUGAAAUCUUGUUUUUGCUCACAACUGCAGAAAUGAUGGACAUUACAAACUUGUUUUGAAGCUUCAAGUGCUCUUGAGUGUGUUAAGUUUGUUUCUCUUUUUUCAUGAACAAAUUCCUGACACAAAAACAACAAAUGGGAAAUGUAGAUUAGAAUUUGUUAAGAGAGGUGUUAGUUGAGCGAAGCUUGAAUGUAAUCACUGCACAUUUCACCACCACUCACUAGAAGGGAUUUUACUAUGGAUGUUAAUGCUCAGAUGAAGCUGUUCUUCGCAAGCACCACGAUUGUAAUGCACUCCUUGUCCUCUGUUUUGUCAUGUUGUGGUUGGGAUAAAGAUGGGGUAAGCUUUUAUGUAAUUUCACAAACUUGAACUGAAAAAUUAGAAAAAUAAUGUCCUUUUUCUUCUGAAAUCCAGGUACAGCAUUUUUAUUUUCUGGCUUUCAGCACUCUGUGGUUUCUGUAUUUUUGAGAGCAGUGACUUGAGAACAUUUCUUUGUUUACUUUUUCAUUAACUUAAAAUCAUGUAAAAUAUUUUUGGUCUUUGCUUUUUUAUUACUGAGGUUUUCAACUGAUAUGAAUUUUUCAUGCUCAACCUUUUAAAUAUGAACAUUUGAAAGGUGCUCAAUUCAAUGAAGAUAGUGAUUUUGAUAGGUUUUGAUAGUUAUUUUUUAUGCUGGAAAAUAUGGCUGAUAGAAAAUCAUGUGUGUUAACGUUGAUUCAAUAAACCUCUUCUUGAUUGCCUCUGCA